UAACAUCCCUGUGGGGCAGCUCUUGCUGCUAAUUGAGGAACCUUCUGAUGUUCCAUUCAGGGUUAUGGAAGAAAGCAUGACCAAGUUUGAAAUUAAUCUUCUCAGUGUCCCCAUCCACAUUAACAGGUGGGAAAAAUAUGAGAUUCGGAGUCGGAGGUCACCAUCAAAAGAUUCCAUGAAUUCUGAAUUAGACAAAAACUUCCCAGAUAAUGUGACUGCUGCAAGUCACAAGAUUGUUCAUGCAGAAAAACAGCAGUUUUCAUGUCUCAAGCAGUACGACACCUGCUUUAACCAAAAAAAUGAGCUAAAAUCUUACCUGCAAUGUCAUGAAGUGAAAACAUUGUAUAGGUUUGGUAACUACAAAAAGAACCUCACAUUUUCAUUUGCCCUCAGAACACAUUGUCGUACUAAACACAGACAAAGGCUUAGGAAUGAUUUACACACCCAUUAUGGCAUUAAGACUUGUAAAACAUUCAGAAAAAUUGCAAAAACAGAGAAAAACAAGAAAUGUCUUGCAAAAUGUCAGAAAACCUUCAGUAGAAAGAAGACCUAUAAAUCUGAUGCAUGCAGCAAGCACUUCAAAGAGAAUUACAAACCCUUAGAUCACACAGCUAUCCGCACUAGAGAGAGGCCAUAUAAGUGUACAGUAUGUGGCAAGAGUUUCAAACAUCGGGGCUACUUCUCCAUCCAUAAGAAAAUCCACACUGGUGAGAAGCAAUUUAAUUGUAGCACAUGUGGCAAAAGUUUUAUGCAGAAGGAUUACCUUACUGCUCACAAGAAAACCCACAUGGUGCAGAAACGGUAUAAAUGUACAAAAUGUGACAAGAGUUUUUAUUGGAAAUGUAGUCGUGCAGUCCAUGAGAAGGCCCACUCUGGUGAAAAGCCAUAUAAAUGUAGAAUAUGUGGGAAAAGUUUUAGAUGGAAGAAUAAUCACAGAGACCAUGAGAAAAUCCACAUUGGAAUUAAAUCCUAUAGUUGUUCCACAUGUGGCAAGAGCUUUGCACAAAAGAGUAAUCUUACAGUCCACAAGAGGACUCAUGCUGGUGUCAAAUCCUUUAAAUGUGUAACGUGUAACAAGAGUUUUACACAGAAGGCUAGCCUUACUCUGCAUGAGAAAAUCCACACUGGAAAGAACCUGUAUAAAUGUGCAGCUUGUGACAAAAGUUUUACAAGGCAUGACCACCUAAUUGCCCAUGAGAGAAUACACACUGGAGAGAAGCCAUACAAGUGUACAACUUGUGACAAGAGCUUUACAUUGAAGAACAGCCUUACAGUCCAUGAAAAAAUUCACACUGGAAACAAGGCCUAUAAAUGUGGAAUAUGUGAGAAGAGUUUUACACAGAAGAACAACCUUACAGCCCAUGAACAAAUGCACAUUGGAAAGAGAACUUAUAAAUGUGCCAAAUGUGACAAGAGUUUUACACAGAAGCGUAUACUUAAAGUACAUGAGAAAAUCCAUUCUGGGGAGAAACCUUAUAAGUGUUCAACUUGUGGCAAGAGUUUUACAUGGAAAUGCAAUCUUACAGUUCAUGAGAAGAUCCACAAUGGUAGAAUUCCAUAUAAAUGUGCUACAUGUGGCAAGAGUUUUAUACAGAAGUACACUUUUACAGUCCAUGAGAAAUCCCACACUGGGAUGAUGAAUGUGCAAAAGAAAAAAUGUACACCAGGAAGCCUGAAGUAUCAAGAAAACAACAUAGAAGAGAAAUGUUCCAAACAUGCAUAAACUAAACAUGGGAAAUUAUGCCUGCCGAGUUUAUAGUCAUUUAGAAGAAAACUCAAUUAUGUUAGUAGAACAAAAGGCAAUAAAAGAAAGUCAUGUGGA